AAACCAUGUUUUUUUCUCCAAAGCUACAAAUUAACACCUAAAUAUCAUUUCCCAAUACAAUUUGAAGAUGUAUUUAAUACCUUAAGGUGGUUCUUAAGCAAAAAUAUUCUUGAAAGCUAUGGCAUAAACCCUGAAAGAAUCUGUAUUUCUGGAGAUAGUGCAGGUGGAAAUUUAGCUGCAGCAGUGACUCAGCAGCAAUUACAAGACUCAGAUGUGAAGAUCAAAGUCAAGAUGCAGUCUUUAAUGUAUCCUACACCUCAGGCUUUUGAUUUAGAUUCUCCAUCGUACAGAAAAUAUUCACAUAUGCCAACUCUGUCCAAAUCACUGCUGGUCCGGCUCAUGAGUGAAUAUAUUACAACAGACAGAUCACUUGAGAGAGCCAUGCUUUCCAACCAGCAUGUACCUGCUGAAUCCAGUAAUCUAUUCAAGUUUGUCAACUGGAGUUCAUUGCUCCCUGAAAGACUGAGAAAGGAUAUUUAUAACAACUCAAUUUAUGGUAGUUCUGCCUUAUCUCAAAAAUAUCCUGGGGUCCUAGAUGUAAGGACAGCUCCUCUGUUGGCAGACGACAGCAAGUUGCGUGGUUUACCUCAGAUCUUUGUCCUCACUUGUCAAGGUGAUGUCUUAAGAGUCAAUGGACUCAUGUAUGUUACCAGGCUUCAGAAUGCUGGAGUUCCAGCGGCUUGUUACCAUGUUGAGGAUGGAUUGCAUGGAGCAUUUGCCCUUCUGGAAUUUAAAAUUGGUUAUAGACUGAUUAAUCAAUACAUUAAUUGGCUAAAAGAAAAUCUGUAG